AGGAAGUGAUAUUGGAAUUUGUGAAAAUUGAUCUCAUACACAACCAGUGAGGUAGCUACCGACUUCGUGGUUGGAAACGGGCACAACCCGUAUACCUUCAGAAACAAGGUAAUAAGUCAACAUUGAUCUUCCUUUAUUCAAGAGAAACGAUAAAAAAACAGUGUGUUCACUGACUGAAAGCAGCCAUGUCGUCAACAUCCCAGAAACACAAAGAGUUUGUGGCAGAACCCAUGGGGGAGAAGGCAGUCAAUGCACUUGCUGGCAUUGGAGAGGUGCUUGGCAAGAGACUGGAGGAGAAGGGCUUUGACAAGGCUUACGUGGUCCUGGGUCAGUUCCUGGUGCUGAAGAAGGAUGAGGAGCUAUUCCGGGACUGGCUGAAAGACACAUGCGGGGCCAAUGUCAAACAGCAGGGUGAUUGCUAUGGCUGUCUGCGUGAAUGGUGCGAUUCUUUCCUGUAGAGAAGGUUUUGUUUUUUCCAUUUUAUAUAACGUCAUCCCAAACAUCUAUUUACUUCUGGUCUCACAUUAAAUUUCACCUCAUAUGGGAACACUGCACAAGAGGCAGUUAAGCAAAGUCAUACAUUGUAACACCUGGUUAUUUUAUACUAGUCACAAUUCAGAGACCUAUGGAUGCUUAAAAAUGAGUUAGACAUACUUUGCUGCAGUCAUCCAUGGGGUUGUUUCACCCAACUGUGUAGAUCCGUAAUCCUGACCUUUCCUAUGAUUAAUAUCUUUGGCCGUAUAGAAGCCUUGGGGAUGAGUUAAUUUGUUUUCCUGCACUUUAUAUUUCAAUUUUGUUCUGUCAAAUAACUACUUUUUAUAAUUACUAUCCCUUCAUAAAGGUAUAACUAAUGCUUGUACUUAUCUCCAACUCUGACAGUUUUCCCCUGCAUUUAGUUAAAUGAACUUGUCGCUAAAUUAAUUAAUAGCAUUUUAAACCAUUUGACACCACAUGGCUUUAACAUCUAUAAGAUGUUGCACUGUUAAUUUUACAUCCGAGUUUACAGGAAACAAUUUUAAGAUUUACAUUUGUAAUUGCCCCAUGUUAUCUUAUGUGUUUGUUUUAAGAGAUGUUGAAGCGAUGCCUUAACGUUGUAAUGCUAAAGAAACAUUUAUCUGCAAUGUACCUUGAGUUGUGGAGCAGUGCAUGCGGAUUAAGAAGCUAGUUACUACAAAUCACCUCAUUUUCAAACUUCACACAAAUGAAAGCCUGAAGUAAAACCACAGUAAGUAGCACUGUUUCAGGAAUUAAUUUAUGAGCAUACUUGUGUUGCUCUCUGUUUAAUCGUUGAAGGAUGGUUUUACUGAAACACUGGUUCAUGUUUUUGCAUAUUGACUGAAAGCAUGUUAGUUUUUAUAUUUUUAUUUUGAACAAAGCAACUGCAAGAUCUGGACUAUUCUGACUUUGUUUUGUUUUUUGGGGAAAAAACAAUAAAAUUACAUGCACAAAUA